UAUUCAAUACAUUGUAUAUUGCCUAAAUUCUAGUAAUAAUAUAAGGCCUGUCUUCGUGUCAGAAGAUUAAUUAAGUUUAAGGAGGAAUGCGGAUCUAGAUCUGUUCAAGUUCAGGAUAUUGUCUAUACUUUAGUCUCUAGAUAAGAUAUAUAUCUAGAUCUCUAUUGACAUAACAGACGAGAUGCUGACUGAUGUAAUCAACUGUCAAUGAGACUCAGUUACUGAUGAUUGAAAUUGUCUUUAAUUUAAUUGAAUUCUAGAUCUAGAUUCUAACUAAUACUAAUAUUAAGAAGAUCUAGACUCUGGAUCUAGAUUUUUUUUUGGAAAUGAAUGUCAUACGAAUUGUUGCUGAUAUGACACACCUUCUUGCUAUCAUGUUCCUAAUAAUAAAAAUUUGGAAAACUAAAUCAUGUACAGGUAUCUCUGGAAAAAGUCAAAUUCUGUUUGCCCUUGUGUAUGUGACACGUUACUUGGACUUGUUCUAUUACUUUGUCUCUUACUAUAACAGUAUCUUAAAAGUAGUGUUUAUUGUGACAUCAUGGCUAACUGUGUGCCUCAUAUAUAUCAAGUUCAGGACAACAUUUAACUACAGCGAUGAUUCAUUUCGUGUUGAAAUUCUCUUGAUUCCUGUUGGAGGUCUUGCUCUUUUUGUUAAUCAUGAAUUCAGCAUUUUUGAGGUACUAUGGACAUUUUCUAUCUACUUGGAAGCCGUGGCCAUUGUCCCUCAGCUGUUUAUGAUGAUGAAGACAGGCAAAGCUGAAACAAUCAAUUUGUAUUACCUCUUUGCUUUUGGAUUGUACAGAGCACUUUAUAUAGGCAAUUGGAUCUAUCGCUAUAAAUAUGAAGGUUAUUGGGACCCCAUUGCUUUUACAGCAGGAUGUGUUCAGACAAUUCUAUUUUGUCAAUUCUUCUGGCUCUACCAUAAAAAAAGAUAUGGGCAUAACUACAAACUGGAAAACUAUCUUCACGACUUAAGUCUAAGGGAGCUUACUUCUGUAUCCAAGUGGCAGGAUCCAGUUGUCUUAACCAAGAGUUUUUUCCCUCAUGACAAUGUACCAUUACUUCCAGAAGCAGAAAAUGAAGAAAGCCAAAUAGAGUUGCCAGAAAAGGUUAUUAUUCACAGUUAUGUUUAGCUGUGCUAGCUUUGAAUUUUGUUGGAACCUGUGCCAGUGAUGUACCUUAGAAACAAAACUUUCCUUUGCCAUGACCACUACAUCCAUCACAUGACCUAUCAGCUGACAUUCUAGCAGUCAUGUAUUGAUCUGAUUUUAAAGGUGCUGUUCAUCUUACACUGUGAUCAAUUUGUUGACAUUUUGUUAUCAAUUUUUUUUUUCUUAGAAAAAAAGCAUGUGUUAAUAAUUUUUGUGAAUCUAUUGUUCACAUUUUAAUCUACUCUCUAUUACAUACCGGUGCCUAAUUGUCAUAUAAGUACAUUUUUUUUUUACUUAUGUAUAAAUAUUUUCUUUUCUGUAACUAAAUGAAAUUGUUGUUUUUGGGAUAUAUUUCUUAUACACUUAGUAUAUAAUUCACUGCCUCUAAGUCAGAGACCAUAUUUCCUCCCAUUGACUAUCACAUUGAAACAAUUCACUGUAUCAUAGCACUUUUUUUUAAUGACAAAAUUGUAUUGAAAUUAUUAGAGGGAAAUAUAUGAUGCUUAUAUAUUUAUUUAUGUAAAUAUAAUCUAUAUAUAUAAUUCUCCUCUUCCCUCAAGAGUUAGGACGAGAAGUAAAGGAAAGGUCACUCUCUUAUUUCUGCGUAGUAAAAAAAAAAAUGUGGGGGGAGAACAAAUAGUAUCCACAAGACACAAUAAAGCAGGGCUGGACCUAACCGUUGUGACCGACAAGUCAUGGAAAGAUCACUCCUUUUUUAUUUCUACCCCACAUAGUUUUAGCGGGAAAAAAAAGAGGGCGGGGGAGGAAAAGAAAUAAUCUACUCUGUAUUCACCCAUCACAGGGCCAAGUUUGGGUAGGGAAGCAGACAAUAAGUGAAAUUUAAAGAGUUUGUAUUAGAAAAUAAAUUCGUCUAUGCAUUUUAUUAUUUCUUUACUACGAACAUAAUUGCUUUACGAGCCUUGCGUGUAGCCAAGUCAUACAGUAUAUUAUAAUAAUUCUGUUUCCUACAUAGAUCACGCUCAAUAGCAAGAAUUACCAAAUAUUUCAAUCUAUCUUUAGAAGAUUUGUUGACCUCAAGUAAUUCUUCAUUAGUUUGAGGCGCGAGAAGCUUCUUCCACCAGAUGACACAAUUACGCUUAUGCAUAAUGCCGUUUUUAUUUAUCGUGCGUAGGAUUGGCGUUUUCCAUAUUGAAUGACACCAUAAAAUGACAAUUUUCGUCUAUAUAUUUCCAUAUAUUUUAAGGACUUUUUCGUAUUUUUUGCAAUUUCUGGAGAUUUCCAGGAGCUCCUUGUAAACCGACAGGAGGGUCUGGGAAAUCUGUUUUAAAUAAUAAAAUGGUUUAAUUUAAUAAUUUAUACACAUAGAAUUAGAGCAGGUCCUAUGAAAGUGCUGGGCCCACUGCGGUUGCAUAGGUUGUAGUGGCCUAAGGCCGGCCCUGCAAAAUAGCGACGAAUGCUAUGCCGCUGGUUGACUAGUUAAAAUUUAUUAAUAUAGCAUUUAUAGAGAGAAGUAUAGGAAACAAUGUCACUUGGUUUUGAAAACUUAUAACUACAUACUGCUCUAGGCCAUAUACAGAUAUUUUUGUUUUUACACACAAUACUUUGUUGUACAAUGUGGAGGUGAUCUACCCAACAUCCCACUCAAAACAGGAACAAUGUCAACAAGGUCAUUAUUAUGAUUUAUUGGUAGCAAAAUUGUUUUUUUAAUCCAACACAAUAAAAUAAAGUUCACACUGAAUUCA